AUGGCCGUCGCCGAAGUGGCGAUUGAGGUUCCCCCGCAGCAGCCGCCGCCGCCGGCGGCGGCGGCGACGCGGGAGCCGGCGGUGGUGCCGAGAGUGCUCCAGUACCUGUACCUCGCGAGCGCGUGGGUCGCCUGCGCGGGCGUGGCCGCCGCGACCGUCGCGCGCCGGGCCUUGGGCGACUCUUCGCCGGUGGUCUGGGCGUUCCUCAAGGUCUCGAUCGGAGCCCUCGUGUUCCCCGCGCUGCUCAUCCUCGUCUUCGCCGUGCGGGUCUUGCGCGCCAUGCUUGCGGCGGGGUUCAGACGGUCGCUCCGCACCCACGCCAGGGAGAUUCAGAUCCAAGCCAGGAAGAUGUUUGGAGCGUUAACGUGGAAGGCGCUUCAGGACCCUAUCGUGCUUGCGUGGCUCGCAUCUUUCCUUUUCAUCCUGCUGCUUGGAGCAAGUGUUCUGGUGUUUGUGGGGCUUUUACCAGUGGAGGAAUCUCACAGGGAAAGGAUUGGUUAUGCGCUCUCUGAUGUGGGGGUAUUGGGUGCCAUGUCAAUGUAUUGCUUUAUCAUUAUACCCAGUUUUGCGCUGAAACUCUGGGGGAGCAAGUAG